GAGGAAUUGAGAAGCAAAAUGGCCGAGGACAGAGAAAAAUCAGAUUUAGAACAUACGACAGCAGACUUACAAAAACGAAUCGCUGAUGCAUUUGAUAUCUUUGAUCAUGAGUCAAACAAAACUGUUGACGUGAGGGAAAUUGGUACUAUUGUGAGGUCACUGAAUUGCUGUCCAAGUGAAGGAGAGCUGAGCGAUAUUCUUAGUGAUGUUGAAGAAGAAGAGCCUACAGGCUACAUAAGAUUUGAAAAAUUUGAACCAGUAAUGAUGAAGAUACUCUUAGAAAGAAAAUACAAACCUGCCAAUGAGGAGCAACUCUUGAAAGCAUUUUCUGUUCUUGAUCAAGAAUCUAAAGGCUUCUUAACAGUUGAUGAGCUACAAAAACUAAUGACCGAAGAAGGAGAGCCUUUUACGCAAGAAGAGAUGGAAGAAAUGCUCUCAGCUGCAGUAGAUCCAGAUAAAGGAAUCGUUUAUUACAAAGACUAUCUUUCACUUAUGGCUAUUGAUGAUUCAUAAAUCAUAAUGUUGGUUUUUUGCGC